AUGGUGGAGGGUUUGGAGAUGAAGGGUCCCCUCCGGGAGCCCUGCGCCCUGACCCUAGCCCAGAAGAACGGGCAAUAUGAGUUAAUAAUCCAGUUGCAUGGGAAGGAGGAGCAUGUUCAAGAUAUCGUUCCUAUAAAUAGCCACUUCAAAUGUGUUCAAGAAGCAGAGGAAACUCUUUUGAUUGAUAUUGCUUCAAACAGUGGCUGCAAAAUUCGGGUGCAAGGAGACUGGACCAGAGAACGCCACUUUGAAAUUCCUGAUGAAGAGCUCUGCUUAAAGUUCCUCUCAGAAGUCUUUGCGGCACAGGAAGCUCAGUCACAGCUUCUUGUUCCAGAACAGAAAGAAUCAUCUAGCUGGUAUCAGAAAUUAGACACUAAGGAUAAACCUACUUAUUCAGGACUGCUUGGAUUUGAGGAUAAUUUUUCAUCUAUGAAUUUAGGUAAAACAGUGAACACACCAAACUACCCCACAGCGAUUCAUCGGGAACCACCCCCUCCACCUGCUUCAGUAAACAGAAUGCCUCUACGUGAAAAGGAAACUUCAAACAAAGAACAGCCCAAAGUGACCAACACCAUGCGGAAGCUAUUUGUACCAAAUACCCAGUCUGGGCAGCGAGAGGGUCUCAUCAAACAUCUCCUUGCAAAGCGAGAAAAAGAAUAUGUCAACCUCCAGUCUUUCAGAUUUUUUGUUGGAACUUGGAAUGUGAAUGGCCAGUCUCCAGAUAGCAGCUUAGAACCUUGGCUGAACUGUGAUCCAAAUCCUCCUGAUAUUUACUGCAUUGGAUUCCAAGAGCUGGAUUUGAGCACAGAAGCCUUUUUCUACUUUGAGUCUGUAAAAGAGCAAGAAUGGUCCAUGGCCGUGGAAAGGGGUCUGCCUUCAAAGGCCAAGUAUAAAAAAGUGCAACUAGUCCGCCUUGUGGGGAUGAUGCUUCUUAUAUUUGCCAGAAAAGAUCAGUGUCGGUAUAUACGUGAUAUUGCUACAGAAACUGUGGGAACUGGAAUCAUGGGGAAAAUGGGAAACAAAGGAGGAGUCGCUGUGAGGUUUGUAUUUCAUAACACCACCUUCUGCAUCGUCAAUUCCCACCUGGCUGCCCAUGUGGAAGAGUUUGAAAGAAGGAAUCAGGAUUAUAAGGACAUCUGUGCAAGAAUGAGUUUUACAGUCCCCAAUCAGGCUCUCCCACAGCUGAACAUCAUGAAACAUGAUGUUGUCAUUUGGUUGGGAGACUUGAACUACAGACUUUGCAUGCCUGACGCCAAUGAGGUGAAAAGUCUUAUUAAUAAAAAUGACCUUCAGAAGCUCUUGAAAUUCGACCAGUUAAACAUUCAGCGCACACAGAAAAAAGCCUUUGUGGAUUUCAAUGAAGGGGAAAUCAAGUUUAUUCCCACUUACAAGUAUGAUUCUAAAACUGACAGAUGGGAUUCCAGUGGGAAAUGCCGCGUUCCAGCCUGGUGUGACCGAAUUCUUUGGAGAGGAAUAAAUAUUAAUCAACUUCAUUACCGGAGUCACAUGGAACUCAAAACUCGUGACCACAAGCCUGUUAGCGCCCUGUUCCAUAUUGGGGUGAAGGUUGUGGAUGAACGAAGGUAUCGGAAGGUCUUUGAAGAUAUCGUACGCAUUAUGGACAGAAUGGAAAAUGACUUCCUUCCUUCAUUAGAACUUAGCAGGAGAGAGUUUAUGUUUGAGAAUGUGAAAUUUCGGCAGCUGCAAAAGGAGAAGUUCCAGAUCAGCAACAAUGGACAGGUUCCCUGCCAUUUUUCUUUCAUCCCUAAACUUAAUGACAGCCAAUACUGCAAGCCAUGGCUUCGAGCUGAACCUUUUGAGGGCUACUUGGAGCCAAAUGAGACAGUGGACAUUUCUCUUGAUGUCUACGUCAGCAAAGACUCUGUAACCAUCCUGAACUCUGGUGAAGAUAAGAUUGAGGAUAUUCUCGUCCUUCAUUUGGAUCGAGGCAAAGAUUACUUCUUGACCAUCGGCGGGAAUUACCUUCCGAGUUGCUUUGGUACAUCCUUAGAGGCUUUGUGUCGAAUGAAAAGGCCAAUCCGAGAAGUUCCUGUUACCAAACUCAUAGACUUGGAAGAAGACAGCUUCCUAGAAAAGGAGAAAUCCCUUCUCCAGAUGGUCCCCUUGGAGGAAGGUGCUAGUGAGCAACCACUUCAGGUCCCCAAGGAGAUCUGGCUUCUAGUAGAUCACUUAUUCAGAUAUGCCCGUCACCAGGAGGACCUGUUCCAAACGCCUGGAAUGCAGGAGGAGUUACAGCAGAUCAUUGAUUGUCUGGAUACCAGCAUUCCUGAGACAAUCCCUGGCAGUAACCACUCUGUGGCUGAGGCACUACUUAUUUUCCUGGAAGCGCUACCAGAGCCUGUCAUCUGUUAUGAGCUGUAUCAGCGAUGUCUUGACUCUGCUCAUGAUCCUCGUAUCUGCAGACAGGUCAUUUCCCAGCUUCCAAGAUGUCAUAGAAACGUUUUCCGUUACUUGAUGGCAUUCCUUCGCGAGCUCUUAAAAUUCUCUGACUACAACAACGUCAGUGCCAACAUGAUCGCUACUCUCUUCACGAGCCUUCUCCUAAGGCCUCCACCAAACCUCAUGGCAAGACAGACCCCAGGUGACCGCCAGCGUGCCAUCCAGUUCCUUCUGGUCUUCCUGCUCGGGAGUGAGGAAGACUAAGUCUUUUCCUAUGUGAGAUUCUAGAGGAGGAAGAUCUUGGGCUCCUCGUAUUUCAGAAUGAUUUGAAGAGUCAUGACACCAAAAGGGUCUACUGUAGGAUCUUAAGUUCUGGUAAUAGUACAAAGGAAAGCGUUUCUUCACCCCUCCUCACCAUAUCCUACACAGCAAAAUCCUUUUAGGCAUAUAUUUCCAAGCCAAAGUUACCAUAUUUUGGUGUUUUGUGUUUACUCUUUGUAAAGCAAAGAGGCCUGUAUUUAUACUCCUUUACCUAGGGGUGUGCUUCCUGCCCUGUUUCCCAGGCAUCACGAUUAUCUUUAA